UCGGCAAGUUGGGCUUGAAUGACCCCACCAGAAUAGGGAAAAAUAGCAUUAAGUGAGAGUCCUCAAAAGCACACCCCAUAAGGCUUUGUGAUAAGCACAAGCACUAGCAAGGCCACCACCAACAUGCCACUAUCCAAAGCCAUAUAGGGAGUGAGCCCUCAAGCCAAUCUCUCCUCAGUUGCUAAGCGCCCUCUGCGAAGUCUGGAAACAUCCUGAAGGACGCUACAGGGUAGGAUGUGGCGGAUGGUGGCGGCGAUGAGGAGGAACCUCCAGAACAUCAGGAAGAGCCCCCGCGUGGCCGAUGAGAACAUGUUUGGGGAUGGGAAUGGAGCCGAGGUAGCAAUCUUUGCUGGUGGAAGAAGGUCCGGGUGGGGUGGUUUCUCGGUCCUUUGCAGCGUGGUUCGGGCCCCUCUCGCGCUGUUUUCGUGCCUUUCUCAGCCUCACAUCAAUGGAGCUGAUGGGGUGUGGGUGUCCAGUGAGUUGGCUAGGAUAUCUGAGAUGAACCAUCUCAUGGUGAAUGACAGUAUGCGCUAUGCCAUCUUGAUGUAGGCUUGUUCUGGGGAUCCUGGGAGAGGAAGAAGGCGGCUGUUUGGUUACUCAACCAGGUAAAUACAUGAUGGAUUCAUGAAAAAAAAACAAAAAACAAAAGGGACAGAAUAGCCUUCAUUUGAGAUCCAUUUUCAUGUACUUCCAUUUUGUAUCAGUGAUCUGCUGUGGUAGAAAUUAAGCACUUGUGUUCAUAUACUAGUAGACCUGUAAUCAAAGAAUAGGUUCCAAGUUGAUUA